AAAAUAAAUAUGGGAAGAAGCGAAUGAUGUUUUCACUCAAAGUGAUAAGCACAAUGCAUAUGUCAUCAUCGCUGAUAACAUGCUCUACUGUGACAAAUUCUUGUAAUUUAUCACCACAUUAAUUGAGAGCUUCUAUUAUCAUAAACUAUUUUGUACGCAAUAAUAUUUUGCAGAGUAGAGUCAUGAAUUUUCUUGGCUCUGCUGGACAUGUUUUGGCCAUUUUGUUUGGUCUCUUUGUAGGUCAAAAUGUGGCUUUAGAAUGCAUUCCUGAAAGCUUUGGUGAAAGUAGCGUAGUUUGUGUUUGCAAUUCAUCAUAUUGUGACACAUUGGAUCAUUUAAAUACUCUGGAUGGAGGAACAUUUGUGACUUAUGCAACAACAAAAAAUGGACUUCGGUUUCUGCGAACUGCUCCUAAUUCAAUCGAAUGGACUGACGAUUCGGGAAAUGACCUCAAAGUAACAGUGUACAGUGGGGGGAAACAUUACCAAAAAAUCGUUGGAUUCGGUGGUGCUUUUACUGACGCUACUGGAAUAAAUAUCGGACAUCAUGAUCAAAACCUUCAGCAACUUAUUAUAGAUCAGUACUUUGGAGAAAGUGGUCUCGAGUACAACAUUGGGAGGGUGCCCAUGGGUGGAGCUGAUUUCAGCGAUCGUGCCUACACUUACGCCGAGGUCGAAAACGACACUGAAUUGGCAAGCUUUGCUUUAACGAGUGAUGAUUUUAAUCUCAAAAUUCCGUACAUUAAAGAAGCCUUGAAGCGAAAACCAGAUUUAAAACUCUUUGCAUCCGUGUGGACAGCACCACCAUGGAUGAAAAACAAUAAUGCCUACAUCGGGAAAGGUAAACUAAAACCGGAAUAUUAUCAAGUAUGGGCAAACUACUUCGUCAAGUUUUUGCAAGAAUAUGACAAGCAAAAUUUAACCUUUUGGGCAAUAUCAACACAAAAUGAACCACUUCAUGGGAUCGUAUUUGACAUGGGAUUUAAUUGCAUGGGUUGGACUGCUGAUGAACAACGGGAUUGGAUAAAGAUGCACUUGGGUCCAACGCUAGACGCGUCGAAAUUUAAAGAUAUCAAAGUUAUCAUGUUUGAUGACCAACGACUACAUUUAAAGAAUUACACUGAAGAGAUUCUCAGUGACGCAGACGCAGCUAAAUACAUUUCAGGAAUUGGGGUGCACUGGUACACUGACAGCUUUGUUCCACCGGAUAUCUUAUCCACGACACAUUACAAUUUUCCAGAUUACUUUCUCCUCGCGACGGAGGCAUGUGCUGGAGCAAUGCCACUUCAAGGUCCAGAUGUUAUCUUAGGCAGCUGGGAAAGGGCUGUAAAUUAUGCUUCUGACAUCAUUUCAGACAUGAAUAAUUUUGUAGCCGGAUGGAUUGACUGGAAUUUAGUCCUUGAUUUGUCUGGUGGUCCGAACUGGGCUGAAAACUUUGUGGAUGCUCCAAUUAUUAGCGAUAAGGACCUAAACCUAAUUUACAAGCAGCCAAUUUAUUACGCACUGGGGCACUUUUCAAAAUUUAUCCCUGAAAAUUCUAUACGCAUUCGUCAUUCAAAAGAUAACAGUACUGCUUUUGCUGGGGUCGAAAUCCUUUCAUGUUUGAGACCGGAUGGGAUGGUCUCAGUGAUUCUCUUGAAUCGAGUGAAUACCGUCAAGAAAAUUACAAUAAUUAAUGACAGCGGAAUUAGGAACCAGCAGGGAUUCAUUAACAUGGAACUGUUACCAAAUUCAAUUUCAACACUGGUUUAUAACCCCGACAUAAAUGUAUCGUCAACCCGACCUGCUGACACCACAUACAGAUGGUCAGACUCAUUAUCAGCUUCGACAGCUGUCCAGGUGUCCAACACAAUAUUCAUUGUAUUAUCAAUCUAUUUCAUUAGUUAAUAAUUCAUUCCUACUACAAACAGACUUUAUUAAGAUAACACUUGACUUUAUGAUAUUAUGUAAUCAAAUCAAACAAUUACUCUCAGAUGUAAGUUCUCAUGCUUGUUGAACUGUUGAAAUAAAAGUGGACUUGAGUCAGUCAAGUCUGACAUUAAUUACGUA